AUGGCGCCAGUCAGAGCAGCCAGAAACUAUGGCGACGAGUGUUACCUGGCCAUCGCGGCGCUCUUUGGUGCCUCCUUCGCCGCCGCAUCCGCCUACUGCAUGUACCGCAAGACCCUUGACCAGCUCCUCCGCUUCGCCCACUCCCUCGACCGCGACCACCGCCGCCGCGUAUGCAUGCUCCCGAACGGAGCCGAGGACAGCGUCGGCGACCGGGAGGACGCGGAGGAGGAGGAUGAUGGUGGCGGCAUCGGCCCUCCCCCGCACAGGGACCAUGAUUGUCGCACCCUCCUCAUCCCGCCGAGGCUCCCGCCGAUCCACACUGGCCGAGAGGGGUUUGAGCUUUUGGCAAAACCUGAGGUGGCAACUGACAAGUUGAGUUUCAGUCUAGCUCAUAUGAAGUUUCUCUAUAUGCAGGAGGGCGAGCUGGAGGAACUUGAGAAGGGCGUGGAGCCUGCAUGGGAGCACUUGGUCCACCCGCUCGAGCGCAUCAUCGAUAGGCUGAACGUCGUUGACCACAUCAAGGCCGUCAAGGACUCGCCCGACCUCUGUGCCGCUGUCGAGGAUGUCCAGCUUACUUACUAG